AUGUCAGUGCCCAGAGCGAACAACGAUUUUGGCCAAGUCGUUCAUGGAGUGUACCGCUCGGGGUUCCCUGAUCUUGAGCACCAUCACCAGAACUUGCGUGGCAUUCGCACCAUCAUCAAGCUUACAGACAAAGGAUACGAGCAAGCUGAGGCAAGAUACUUCUUCGAUCACAGAGUUCGCAUUUUGCAGCCUCCUAUGCCUCGAGACCACCCCCGCCCAGACAAUCUUUGGCCCCAUCGAACCCUCGAAAAAGAGAGAGUUACCAACGAUGAGGUUGACAGGAUCCUCACCUCCAUCAUCGAUACAAAAAACCAUCCCAUCCUCAUACACGGGGAUAAUGGAAAGCAUGCCACAGGAGCUAUCGUUGGCUGCUUCAGACGUAUUCAAGGCUGGGACCCUGCCGACAUCAUCCAAGAGUACCGCAGGUAUGCAGGUGCAAAUGCUCGCCACAUAGACGAGAGCUUCUUCUGUAUCUACCAGCCUAGUCAGAGAAUCUUGGCACUGGCAAGCUGCACAAAUGUGACCGCCUGGGGGUCAUCUCGGGCCUCUUCCCCAAAUUGGGCCUCUUUUCUUCUUAGCGAGGCCAACGAGAGCCGCGAAACCCUCCUGAGCCACCAGAGCCACCAGGGCAAUCGGAGCCUCCAGGGAAGCGAGAGUCAUCGGGACGACCAGAGUGUCCAGGAUAGCCAGGGCCAUCGGCGCAAUCAGAGCCACCAGAGCGGCCGGACCUACCAGGGCAACCAGAGCCACCGUGAGAACCAAAGUCAUCAGGACAAUCAGAGCCACCAGGGCCAACAGAUCCCCCAGAAUGGUCCUGGUAGCCAGGGCCACCGGCGCAAACAGAGCCACCAAAGCAACCAGAUCUACCAGGGCAACCAGAGCCACCAGGGUCGUAGCGAGCGAUGUGGAUAA